AGUCGCUUCGUUUUCAAUUGUGUAGAUCGUUUCGUCUUUACUCCUUCCUUUGAAUGUAGCGUAAACUGUUCUGAAAUUAAUUCCAGGACAUAUUUUGUAAUGUAUUCUCGGCUACGGACAGGUGACAUCACGAAAUCAACGAUUAUUGUAAUGCCACUUGUUCACAAAUACGUUGAUGGAGAAACAGCCCACAAUCUAGCCGUUCGUGCAGCUUCCUGGGGCCUGAUUCCGCGCUUUGGCCCUAAUCGACGAGAAUAUGACGAGCUAGCAUGUGAGUUCCUUGGAAUGCAGCUAAAGAACCCAAUAGGACUGGCCGCUGGUUUCGAUAAAAAUGCUGAGGCUGUCGGACCUUUAUCGGAGGUGUCGGGUUUCGGUCUUGUCGAAGUGGGUUCAGUAACACCCAUACCUCAAGAAGGGAAUGCAAAACCACGAAUGUUCCGAUUGCUUGAAGACGAGGGAAUCAUAAACCGAUACGGUUUCAAUAGCGAUGGUGCUAAUAAGGUCUCGAAGCGUGUCAAAGCAGCAAAAGCUCGACGGAGUGCCAACGCAGCUCCAGUAGGAGUGAAUCUUGGAAAAAAUAAGUUCGCUGAAGAUCCAAAGGUCGAUUACGAGGUUGGUGUCAAUCACUUCGCCCCUAUUUGUGAUUACCUUGUCGUCAAUGUCUCUUCACCGAACACACCUGGUCUUCGAUCUAUGCAAAAGCGAGCUGAUUUACAAAGUUUGCUUGCGCAUGUAAAGUACAUUGUCGACGCGAAUCGUUUGGAAAAAAGGCCAAAGGUUCUUCUGAAAAUAGCUCCUGAUCUCGAACUAUCUGAGAAAAAGGAUAUUGCACAGGUAGUGCUGGAUAGGAAGUACGGUGUUGAUGGUUUGAUUGUCUCUAAUACAACAAUUUCUCGUCCCGAAACUCUAAAAAGCGAGUUCAAAAAUGAAGCCGGAGGUCUGAGUGGUGCACCCAUUCGCAAGUUGAGUACGGACUGCAUAAAAGAGAUGUACAGCCUUACUCAAGGACGUAUUCCUAUAGUAGGAUGCGGUGGUGUGUCAAGCGGUGAAGAUGCAUACGAGAAGAUUCGAGCAGGAGCUUCUGUGGUGCAGCUCUAUUCUGCACUUACCUUUCAAGGUUUUCCAGUUAUUGGGAAGGUAAAAAGAGAGUUGGUGGAGCUGUUGAGAAGAGACGGGUUCAAAAGCGUAACUGAAGCAGUAGGCGCGGAUCAUCGAAAGCACUCGUAA